AUGACAAGUACACGAAAACUUUGGGGUGAAUUUGAAGACGACGAAGCUGAUGAAACGGUCCUGCAAACGGUUAAUUUCAAUCCUAUUAUCGAACUGGGAAUGCAAAAUAUCCCAGAAAUACCCAUCACCGUUAAAUCUUCACCCAUAGAAUUGCCGAAACCCAAUCUUAUCACACAUACAAUACAACUGCACGCUUAUGCUAGGCAGCUGACUGCUAUAUUGGAGCAAACAGAAAACGCAGUAUUUGAAGGUGCAAGGCUUGAUGCCUUAAGUCUGCCGAAUCCACCGCCAGAACCGCAUAUAAAACCAGAGCAUAUUGCUACACAUCCCAUAAACUUCUUACCUAAAGACUAUUGUGAUUUUUCACUUGGCAAAGGUGCAGUAGUUUUGCCUUUCACUCCAGAAAGUCACAAAAGAGCUUUGAAGCAAUGUGCAGCUAUGGCUAUAGGACAUAUUGGAAUUGCUACAUGUACUAACUCAGCACUCAAUGCUAUCACAGAUGUGUUAGAUAUUUAUAUGACAAAUAUGUGUAAAUUGAUGAGAACAGUUGCAGAUAGAGAAGCAAGCGGUAUAAAAUCGGGAUUUCCAGAUAUAAUUUCCAAAGUAUUAGCCGAUUUAAAUGUAGGUAACCUGUAUGACUUUUAUGAAACUCGUGUUAUAAAAUAUCACCACAAAAUUAAGAAGAAGUGUGAACUAUUAAAAUCUCAGUGUGAAGCACUAGCAAUUGGGGACAUUGCACCACAGUUGAAAUUGGAAGAAGUUCCAGAACUGCAUUUUCCGGCAGCUUUAGAUAGUGCUUUCACACCAUCUUUGGAACCUGGAUUUCAAAUGUUACAUAGCUUGGAGCAAGAACAAUUGCAGGGUUUGGAUUUAUUAGAUACUGUGUCUACUGAGGACAUAAAAGUAGAAGCUUUAGAGUUCUCUCAACCUGAUACAAAAAUGUCUUCCUUAUCUCCAACUGCAAAGAAAAAGAGAAAAUAA